UAUUGGCGUCAGACAUAUAGCCAAACUCCUGGGUGAACAAACCUUCGAGGAGGUUGCUUCUAUGGUGAUUCACUGACCGCGAAAUCGGAAAUUAAGAGCUGAGAGUUUUCUAGAAAACUUUUCACGUGCCGCUAAUCUUUGUCUAUAGGGAAUUAGAUAAAGAAUUCCUGCCUGCAGCUAAAAAGGCUUCACCUAGUUUUGAAUGCGGGGAUAUCAGUUCGCGUAACAGCAGAGAUGGACGGGCGUAUUAAAGAAGGCCAGCUGUACGUGCAACAACACAAGAUCGUCAAGAAGUGGAAGAGGAGUUGGGGAGUUCUGUUUCUCGACGGCCCUCACGGUGUCGCUCGGUUGGAGGUGUUUGAGGGGGAGAGGCCAAGCAGUGGUGACUGGCGGUCGGAACGGAAGGUAAUCCGCCUGUCGGAAUGUGUCACGGUCCUGGCCACACCCACAGAGCCCGGCCCAAACGAGGACACGACCUCUUUCUGCGUGCGCACGGUGGACCACGCCUACGUCUUUGCCGCUGACGCGCAGGACUGCACACGCUGGGUAGACGCCAUCUGUCAAAUUGCUUUUCAGGGCGGCAGGGGGACAGGCUCCCAGCAACUCAAGAUGGAGGAGAAUCUGAUCUAUGAGUCACGAGAGGAGGGUCGGCGGUUCUGGGUGAGCGUGCAGCAGACGGAAGCGUCAGAGCGUUGUGGCCUGCAGGGGGCGUACUGGCUGAGUGUGGACGACCAUUCGCUCAUCCUGACUGAGAACCACACCCAGAAGAUCCUGCUGGCCUGGCCCUACAGGCUUCUGCGUCGUUAUGGACACGACAAGGGCAUGUUUUCGAUGGAGGCCGGGCGGCGUUGUGAGUCUGGUCCGGGGGCCUUCACCUUUAACACCGCACACGGUGACCAGGUCUUUGCCUGCGUGGAGGCAGCCAUCCGGGAGCAAAGGAUCCUGGCGGAGGAGGGGCCUGGCAGUGGCUCCUCCCCCUGUGAGCCAGGGGGGAGGAGCCCUAGGCCACUGAGUGGUGCCGCCCUGCUGGAUGACCCCAGCAGUGUGUACUCUCUACCGCUGGACUGUGUGUGUGAGCCUGCAGAUGCCCCCGAGCCAGUUUACUCUGCCCCCCUGGAUCACAUUGACGCCCUGCCCAGGCCUCACCAUGGCAACGUGCCUGACCAGUACUCUGAGCUGAAUGACCAGGCUGGGUUGGGGCUGGAGGGGACUGUCUGCUGCAGACCAGAGAGGCAGGGGGCGCUGCGGGGGACCCCCAAAUCCUUGCGGACCAGGGCGACCCCUGACCCCAGUGACCCCCACGACCCUGAUGACCCCAACACCCUGUACAGCCAGGUCUCCAAACAUGCCUCUCCAAACAUCACCUGGGACCCGGACUCUGAUGACAUAAUCUACGACAACCUGGGAGUCAUUUAACCUUUUACCUUUAACCCCAUCCACUGGUCAGCAUUCUGGGCAAAGACAAAGCUCCAGGCCUGAUCGUGCACUGCGUUUACCGCACUCUGUCUGUCUGUCUGUCCGUCUGACUGUCUGUCUGUAGGAGUGUGGUACCUCAGAGUUACAGCACUCUGUCUGUCUGUCUGUCCGUCUGUAGGAGUGUGGUACCUCAGAAGCAGGCAGACACAGAAGCAGAGCUGCACAUGUAUCAGCCCCCUCUCCACCAGUGCCACGCUGUAGAUUGCCACUCUUAAAGGUCAAAACGCAACCUAUGGUGGCCUGUCCUGGACAAAAUUACACUCUGUGCAGCAGGGAAAACCCAUGGAAAUGAGCAAAGGUAUUGCUGUGUGAUUACUAAGAUCAACUGAGGUGUGAGAUUUUAGUUCUGUUGUACACAAACUAACUUAUGAACAAAACUGUACUGUCAAUGUAUUAAAAUGUUUUGUUUUAAAAAAAUGAAUAAUGAUGAAUACCAUGUUAAA